AAGUCUCAAGCUAGCCGUGCGGCUAGCCGGGCACCAUGACAGAGACGUCUUUGGGUGCUGAGAAAUGGCCGAGAUCGAUGUGUCAGUCUUCUCCAAGAUGGCGGAACUGCUUGCAAGACCGCUGUCACCAACUGCGAUGGAGAAAGAGGAAGCUGCGAAGAGUGGCAAGCAGGUGCCCAGAUCAAGCCAGGCCAAGGUCAAGCCACGAAAGAGAGAGAAGGCAGAACUUGCUUCGCAGCGGUCAAAUGACCCAGAGAAGGAGGCGAUAAAGGAGGAGCCCUCCUCCCACGAUGGAACCAAGGGCGGCAUCCUGUCUGCGGUCUCCGAGUUGAGUGGGCUGAACCAAGCCUGGAAGGAGAAGAUCAAGCAUCCCUCCUACCGGAAGGCCGGGCCUCCGAAGAUGAAGCGGCCGCCGGAGAUGGAUGAGGAGGAGCGGCGCGUGAAAAUGGAAGAGAUCAGCAACCUCGAAGUGCAACUCCAGGAGGCGAAGAACAUUGCGGCGGCUGCCAAGAGGGCUGCGCAAGCGGCGGAGCAGAUGGCGGAAGCAUCGGCCGCAGCUGUGGAGGCUCAGUCGGAGUCCGAAGACAGCCAGUCCACUCAAGGGCGCAAGAAGGAUCUCGACCCCAAACAGCAGGCUGAAGCCAGAGUGAGGGCGCGCAAGCGACAGGAAGCAAAGGAGAAGCGAGAUCGCGAGCGAAAGGAGGCAGAGGAGAAGCACCUGAAGCAGGCGGAACUGGAGGCCAAGGCCAAAGAGUUGGAAAGGCAGACGAAGGAGCGCGUGCAGGAGCGUUUGCGGGCGGAGAAGGCUCGGGAGAAGCAGCAGCAGGAGGAGAUGGAGCGCGAAGCUGGGCUCAAAGAGCAGCGGUCACGGCAAGUUGCAGAGGAGCUGAAGCAGCAAGCAAUGAAGCGCUUGGCAGAGAAGGAGCAGGCAGAAAAACAGAUGGCCGAAGAAGCUGCGAGGAUGGAGACGGAGGCCAGACGCCAGCAGACAGAAGAAAAUGAGGCCAAAGCCGAGGAAUUGCGCCAGAAGACGCGGCGCCGCGUGCAGCAGUACUCGCGGCAGCAGCGCGACCAAUGUAUGGCGCAAGAAGAGGCACGCCAAAGGAAAAUGGAAGAGGAGGCUGAGGCUUACGAAGACAAGGUCAUGCAGGCCAUGCGGAGCCAGGAGCGCGCGAAAGCCCGGGCUGCAGAGUUCAGAUAUCGGGAGAAGAGCGUGGAGAAGGCCCGCGCGAUGCUCCAAGAGGAGCAGCAUGCAAGGGAACAGGCAGCUGCUGAAAACGCUCUUCAGGAGCGACAGCGGAAGCGCCACUGGCGCGCGGAGAUUGCGCGUGGCUCCCAUCCCGAGCCUGCAUCUCGACCCUCGAGCUAUCCGCCUUUGGCCAGGCCUCCAAGGCGGGAAGCCCGAGCAGGCCAAAGUGCCGCAAGAGCUGUCGCCCGCGCUGGAAGUGGAAGCGCCAGCGCUGAGAGCAGCCGCGCCAGCACGCCAAAUUGCCCUGUGUGGGCUGUCGUGGAUCCCGACGCACCCAGGCCGCAAGCUUUGCCGAAAGCUCCGAAGAAGGUUCAGCAGCUGACCAGGGCAGCCAGCCAACCUCCGGCGAGGCCCGCGGAAGCUCCACGGGAAGCCCCACGAGGAAGUGGCGACAGCAGCCGGGCCAGCACCCCGGGAGCUGGUGACUGGAUCAUGGAGUCUCACGUGGAGGUGGCGCAGUAUCCAGAGCUCAGGUCCUUUCAGGAGGACCACAGAUCCGAGGAGGGUCUCUCCGAGCCGUCUUCUCCUGGCCGAGGGGCUGGCCUGUCCAAGCCCUGGAAGCAGAAGGCAAUCCAGGUGAACUCGGCAGACCACUACCUGGAAGCGUUAAAAGCAGCGCGUGGGGUGAAAGAAGGUUCCAAGAACACCCGGCCUGCGCCGGGAAGCAAAGGCCGGGCCUUUUUUGUUGCGGCAUGUCUCCCGUGUGGCAACCUUCCUUUGGCGUGCGCGAAGUGAGGAUAUGCCGAGCAGAUGCGACUGCGCGCAGAAGACGUAGAGGCCAAGCAGCGAGAGGAAGAAGCCCAGCGCAUGGAGAGAGGCUCUGCAGCACUGCAGAGAGUGCAGCAGCGGGCCUUUCAGGCAUCGCCCAUGAAGGCCCGCGCGGGUUGAGAAAAGCCAAAGGGUUGGCCUAGGGUGCAGGCCAAGUCGCGGCAGGCGCGACCUGCAUGAAACGUUUCACCGGCACAUGCUGUUGUUUGGGGCUUCAGUACAACAUGCCUGAAGCUGCCCAGAUGCAGCUUUGUACAUAGGAUCACCACAAGUCCCAGGAAGGAUGA